AGGCUGCAUUUAUGAGGGAAGGAAAGGGCGGCUUUGCUUGGGCGCAGGAAGGAGGCCUGGCCGUCGAGUCCCCGCCUCCUUGCCUUUCUCCUGGCCGGGGCGGGCGGGCGGAUGAGCAGGGCCGCCUCCCAGGGAAGGAAGGAAGGAAGGGGCGGGAACGCGGAGGUUGCCGCUUGCGCCGGCGCUGCCGCCUUUCGGUGCAGGCGGUCUGGGCGCUCCAUUCGCCAAGCGCGCGCGCGUGUGGGGUUUGCCAUGGUGCUGUUGCGCCGCGUGGCGCUGCCUCUGCUGCUGGCGCUGGCGGCGGUGGGGUGCCCGCGGGUGGCCUGGUCCCUGGUGUGGUACACGGCCUGGGUGACCACCAUGUACACCGAGCCCGGCACCAACCGCACGGUGCAGGAGAGCACCGAGAGCGGCCGCUACGGCGACGGCUCGCCCAAGGACAGCGCGCAAGGCCUGGUGGGCAUCCCCCGCGGCGGCGGCGGCGGCGGAGCGGGGAGCGGCCGCCACAUGGAAGGCUGCGCGCCGGGGAUCGACUACGAGAUCCCCAGGCCGCCCGGAGCGCAAUUCGCGGGGACGCCUCCGUCGUGGAUCGCUCUGGUGGCGCACGGGGGCUGCAGCUUGAAGGACAAAAUCGCCAACGCCGUGAGGAAGCGGGCGGCUGCCGUGGUGAUCUACAACGAGCCCAGGUUCGGCAACUCCACCCUGACCAUGUCCUAUAAUUACGGUGAGUGAUGCUGAAAGGGAAGAAGAGUUUGGGAAGUGGCAACUCGGGGAAGCUUGGAGUGGGGGGACCUUUGGGGUUUGGCGCAUCGUGUAGUCGCAUCAAAAGUGGGGAACAAGGCUGCAGAAAACUUCCCUGGAAGCAAGUGCCGUGUGAAUUUAGGGCUGGUGUGGUGUGCCAUGUGGCAGGCAGUGCCACAGGCUGUGCGCAGGUGGUGGAUGCUACUUUUGAGUCCCAUGUGAAUGCACACACUCCUUUGGCCAAGUCUGCCCAGAUUGUAUUGUGCUUGUUUUCAGAGAACAUCUUCAAAAAGUUCUCUCCCCCACCUGUAGGGAUGGUCUGUUUUACUACCUCGUUUGUGUAGGCAAGGCCUUAGCUUGGACCAAACAUCCCUCACAUCUACAGGUGCACAUGUGGAGCAGCAGAAGUUGACUUGAGUAAAAACGAAUUAGCCCUGUUGCAUCAAACCAAAGGCAGCCCAGCACCUUGGUUUGUGUUCUAUCCUUUUCUAUCCUUUUCUUUCUUCCAAGAAGCUCAAGGUACAAUGAUUGGCCCCCCCUUCCUAUAUUUUGUCUUUAUCAUUUCCCUGUGAACUAGGUUUUGGUGAUACAGUGACUAGCCCAAGGUCUACCAGUGAGGUUUAAAGGGUGGGGAUGUGGACCUGGUCCUCUCAUCAUGCUCCUCACAGUGCCACACAGUUGUCAACUGAAUGACUCCCAAGAAGUUCACAAAUAGAGAUGAAGCCUUUGCCGGUUGCUGAUCUUAGCAACUGGUUUUCAGUGGCACACUCCUGUGGACAUACUAUAUCUUUAAAGCGCUUUUGAGGCACAUCUCCAAAAGAAUUCUGGGCACUAUAGUUUUUCCUUCAUAAAGUUACAGUUCCCAGCAAACUUUAACCGACUACAGUGCCCAGAAUUCUUUGUGGGAAGAAAUGUGCUUCAAAUGUGCUUUAAAGGCAGUAUGUACACAGUAUUGCCUUUGCAUAUGGAAGUUCUGUGUAGCCAUCGUUUCUUACAGCCAUUAUUCGACUUAUACACCAAUAACUUGCUUAGCAUUCUUGUAAAACCACCUAAACUUGAGUGUUCCUGCCAUCCUAGCAGUUCGAAAGCACGUCAGAGUGCAAGUAGAUAAAUAUGUACCACUCCGGCGGGAAGGUAAACGGCAUUUCCGUGCGCUGCUCUGGUUUGCCAGAAGCGGCUUAGUCAUGCUGGCCACAUGACCCAGAAGCUGUACGCCGGCUCCCUCGGUCAGUAAAGCGAGACGAGCGCUGCAACCCCAGGGUCGUCCACGACUGGACCUAAUGAUCAGGGGUCCCUUUACCUUUAACCGUGAGUGUAGGCUGUUGCUGCAUCUUGUGACAAUGAAUCCCAUAAAUUAAUUACGCACUGUGUGAAGAAAUACUUCCUUUUGUCUCUCCUGAAUCCAGGUCCUAGUUACUGUGCAAGAAUAAAAAUUUAUUUCUGUAUACUGUUCAUAAUUUUAUUUCCUGCCCCCCCUCCCCCCCAUUAACUUCUUAGCAUGGAAAUGGAAGCCUAAAAAGCCUCAAACUAGAAAGUACUUUACUACUGAGCUACAUAAUCAGGAGUGCAUACUGUAAACCGCCCUAAGACCUCCGGGUAUAGGACGAUAUUUAAAUAAUAAUAAUAAUACUUCUUAGCAGUGAACCAAGAGGAGCAACGGAAGCUGUGCAAAAGUUAAGCCAGGUUUAAGGGAAGGUAAACUCCUUACUCAGGGAUCAUUUGCAAAGUCUCUGGAAAUAGGAACAGGGCUGAGCUUGUACAGCAGGUUUGUUUGGAGAUGUGAUUUGGUUUAGCAGGUUUGACACAGAAACAAGAGCAGCUGUGGGGAGGAGCAAGGAAAUGAAGAUGCUGAAGGGAGGCCUACAAAGUAGUAUCGUUCCCUUUUAUGAAAAUGUGAUAUAGGACUUUUCAGAUACAGUGGUACCUCGGUUUACGAACUUAAUCCGUUCCGGAAGUCCGUUCUUAAACUGAAACCGUUCUUAAACCGAGGCGCGCUUUCCCUAAUGAGACCUCCUGCCGCCAGUGCCGUUACACCGUUCGGCUUCCGUUCUUAGACAGAGGUAAAGUUUGCAAACCGGGACAUUACUUCCGGUUUUGCAGAGUUCACAAACCAAAUCGUUCUUAAAGCGGACUGUACUUAAACCGAGCUACCACUGUAGCUGAAAGAGAAAAUGGUCAGUGCUUCUGUAUAAAACACCAAAUAAACUGAAAAGCAAGUUGUUUGGAUCUAGUUAUUUCAAAACACAGUAGCUUCCUGGAUCCACAUCCUGUAUGCCUGCUACCUGUUUGCAAGUUCCUCUAAAUAUUUUUUCGGCUUUCUAGCUUGUGCAAUUAUACAAGAGGUGCAGGAAAGAAGCCUCAGCAGGCAGAUACUAUGUGCGCUUUUAUAGGACACAGCGUUCCAUCAGCAUUCAGAAAUAAAUGUGCUGUACUCAAAAUGACCUGCAUAAAGAUGCUGAGCAUGAUUUUAUAACUAACAUAAUUUUUUUUUUGCGAGGACAAGUAUAAAGCCUCUUCUUGGGUGCAUUUUGGUGUAAUGGAGUGGAAAGCAGCAUAUGAAGUGAUUGCAAGAAUCGUUUGGGGAAAACAGCCUCAAGGAGGCUGCAUAUGUAUGAUUCAUCGCAGCAAUAUUUCAGGUUUCCUAAGUAUUUUAAAAACACUGUGGCUUGUUGAAAGCAAGACAUAAUGGAGCCAGAUUGCAUGAGCAGAUGGGGGCAUCAUGUACAAUAGAAGCCUGGUAACAUACAGGUGCACUUUUGAUGCAUAUUGGGUUGAAGGGAGGACACAGGAAAACCAGCUUGGGUGCCAUUCAGAAAAGAAAGAAAACUACACAGCAAUAAUAGAAUAAAAGCACAACAUCCAAAGCCAAGGACAGCAGAGUUAAAACAUUAAAUAUAAGAUCAAACACCAAGAGAAAUAAGAAAAUGUUUUCGCUUCCAGUCUAAAAGUUACAGGGCAGCAUAGCAUUCCUAGUGGGGAUUUUGAUGGUAGGCUGACAUAUAACAGGGCUUUCAAAGAUUAUCUGCCACGGGCAGAUCUCCAUGGGAGGAGGUGGUCCUUCAGAUUCUGGUAAUGUGGCUCUAAGGGACAUGGGUGGCGCUGUAGUCUAAACCACUGAGCCUCUUGGGCUUGCCAAUCGGAAGGUCGCGGUUCGAAUCCCUGUGACGGGGUGAGCUCCCGUUGCUCGGUCCCAGCUCCUGCCAACCUAGCAGUUCGAAAGCACACUGGUGCAAGUAGAUAAAUAGGUACCUCUGCAGCAGGAAGGUAAACAGAGUUUCAGUGCGCUCUGGCACUCAUCAUGGUCCUCCAUGUGCCAGUAGCGGUUUAGUCAUGCUGCCCACAUGACCCGGAAAACUGUCUGUGGACAAAUGCCAGCUCCCUCGUCCUAUAGAGCGAGAUGAGCGCCGCAACCCCAUAGGCGCCUUUGGCUGGACUUAACCGUCCAGGGGUCCUUUACCUUUACCAAUGUGGCUCUAAGCAGUUUGUGUACUAGUUGCCAGCACUUUGAAUUGGACCCAGAAGCAAAACUGGAGUCGAUGUCUACACACGGAUUGUUUCCCAUGGCCUUUGUGUGGGACCUCUUCUUCUGUCCUGACUUUUGUGGGGUGGGGGAAUUGCACGUGGUUGGUUGAUGCCUAGCUUGUAGCCCUAAGGCCAGAGUUUCAUGAGUAGAGAAGUAUUAAGUUCUCUUCCCCAAGCCCCAAAUGCUACAUAUAUGGAAAUUGGAGAUGAGGAAGGCUGAUAAAUGGAGGAACUGGUUAAGAGAAGCGUGGUUGAAUCAUGAAUGGCCUGUUUCUUCUUUGAUUAAAAACAAACAUGUAGCAUCUCUGGAUUGCAACAUUUGAGCAUCCUGAUUGACAUCCUGAUAACUUAAGAGGCCAAGAUACGAAACUGCUUCUUAAAAGUAGGUCACUGGAACUGUUUAUAUGCACUAUAUAUUUUUCUUUUCUCGAACGCAGCCCUUCUCUGUGUUGUGAAAUUAGUUAUUGCAGUUGCAGUGUCUGCAAUCACUUUAGUCAGUGUUGAAGCAUUUGCAAAAUCAGAAUAUUGUCAGUUACAAACUUAAUGUGGAGGAGGGAUGUUUUUCUUAUUGGCUUACUUAUAGCAAAACAAUGCUGUUGAUCUUAUUCCGCCUCUUCUGGGUUUUAAGCAUACAUAUAGGAAGCACAGUAAAAGUUGAGCCCAAGUGCAUGCUAUUUAAAGUUUGGGAACAGGUGGGUGGCAAGUAAACAUAGUUACAUCGCAGGUCUAUUCACCAUCAUUCAUUGUAUUUAUAUUUUCAAAAUGAAUCUUAAUCUCAAGCUAAAUUUAUGCAUGAUAUGGCCUCUCAUCCUUAUGUGUAAUCUUGCUUGGGCUGUCGGGUAUGGCAAUCACAAGGAGCCAAUAAUCCAAAAACAACAAGGGUUUAGUAGAGAGGAAAACUCAAAUAUCAAGACACUCUUACGGUCCACAUGUCUCUUGAUUGCAGAUUUGUAAACCAUUUCACAACAAGAAGUUACCAAAGUGGCAUAGAAUGAAAUAAGAUGAAAUACAAAAUAUUACAAACAGAAGACAGUACCUCCCCCCCGCCAGAAAAACCAGCAACCACAAAUUGGCAUGUGGGAAUCUUGAUAACCCUCAAAUAGAAGGAGGACAUGUCAGGAGAUGAACGCCACAGAAUGUCUAGAGUGAAAAGAUUCCUGGAUUCUAAGAUUUUAUUAUAAUUUAAGACUUUGUUUUCCCUAUUAUAAGGGGGAGAGCAUGGCAGAUGUAGGACUUAUUCUUGCAUCAUAUCCAACAACAUGCUGGGUGGGAUCUUGAAGGAAAAACUACAGCAAAAUUACUUCUUGUGUACUUUAUGUAAGGUUGCCUGGAUUUCAUACAGAGAAUAAAAAAGUUGUGCAAGAGCCCACAUGACUCCUGUUUUUCUUUCCCUUGACAGGUACUGGCAAUGCAGUUGUAAUUAUGGUUGGAUAUCCCAAAGGCAUGGAGAUCUUGGAACUGGUGCGAAGAGGGAUACCAGUGAGGAUGUCUAUUGGUGUUGGCAAGCAACACAUGCAAGAAUAUAUCAGUGGACAGUCUGUUGUAUUUGUAUCGAUUGCAUUUAUCACCAUGAUGAUCAUAUCGUUGGCAUGGCUUAUAUUUUUUUAUAUACAGCGCUUCCUCUAUAGUGGAUCGCAUUUUAGAAGCCAGGUAAUUACAUGGGUGAUUUUUCUUCUUCAAUUUCUGUAGUGAAAAAUGUUUGCUUGUAAUUAGGGCUGCGAUUCCUGUGCUUGGCAUAGAGAGAAGCACUGUUGCAAUGGUUUUGAUCUGAGUCUUACCUUCAUGUGCAUAUUGCACAUUUGCCAAUAUCCUGUGCACAUUCCCAUUUCAUGUGUUAACACUGGGCCAACAUAGGUGCAGGAUUAUAGGUGCUUUUGUGCCUUUCAGUUAAAGGAACCCUUAGAUCUUGGAUAAGUGAGUUGUUAGAUUACUCAGCAUCUCAGGUGGUUUUGUAGCCUUACUGGAGUUCACCGAUUGGGUCUGCAUUGCUCCCGGACAGGAGGAAGGAAGUCAAAUGACACCGAGGGUUGGUUCAGAGAAAGAGUUCUUUAUUUCUGCUUUCCGGAACAGCAGAAAGACACCUGUGUGGUGUGUCCACAGCAAGUCCAAAGAAAUGAGAAAUUUCAUGCAGUAUAUAUAUCCUCCAGGCACCCUCUCCCUCCUUCCCCAGGAAUCUAACCACGUCAGCCUAUACACACAGGCUGACAUCACAUAUGUUCCUGCUCCGGUAUUCUUAACCAUAAAAGGGUAUUCCUUCCUGUACUUCAGACCAUAAAAGGAUAUUCCUUCCUGUACUUCUGACCAUAAAAGGGUAUUCCUGUUCCUACUCUUAUCUUGGAGCAAGAGGUAACCAACUUGGGAACACACUCUGGCACUAUUCCCGGACUAGGUCUGUGUGUCAGGACAUAAGAUAAGACCUAGACAUGUCAUCCCUACUCCACUGGAACAGCCAAGGUCAUCCUUGCUGUCACGAGCUGAUAAAGGAGAGGGCUCUGAGCACUUGUUUAUACAGCCAGGUUUUUGUUUAUACAUUGACUCAGAGCUCAAGUUAAUGGAUUUUAGCUAAGGAAAAAUAGGGAUUUUGGUGCCCGUUUCAAACUGCCUGCACAGUCAGUUUUGGGUUUUGGAAACCCGUUCCUUCAGUUUCUCAUAUAAUCUCAUUUAAAUAUGCACUACUGAUUGAAUUGGUUGUGUGUAUGGUGCUGUUGUUUUUUAGGGCCAUAGAGAAGAAACCAUAAAAGCAAUUGGCCAGCUUCCACUGCAUAUUGUAAAGCAUGAAGAUAAGGUAAUGUCAAUCAGACUAAUGUAGAUGGAAACGUCUUCCAUUAGCAGAGUUUCUUUAAAAUGAAAUGAAAUAAGAUGGCUUGGUCAGAAGAGCAUGAGACUCUUAUUCUUAGGGUCAUGGGUUUGAGCCCCAAAAUGGGCAGAAUAUUCCUGCUUUACAGGGGAUUGAACUAAAUUGGGCUUCGGGCCCUCGUAUUUACAGGACCACCUCUCCUGGUAUGCCCCGCAGAGGACCUUAAGGUCCAUGAAUAAUCACAGUUUAGAGGUCCUGGGCCCUAAGGAAAUCAGAUUAUCCACCAGGGCCAGGGCCUUCUCAGUGAUGGCUCUGACCUGGUGGAAUGCUCUGUCCCCUGAGACCAGGGCCCUGCAGGAUUUAACUUCCUUCCGCAGGGCCUGUAAGACAGAGCUGCUCCGCCUGGCUUUCAAUUUGAACUUAGCCUUCCCUCCCCCUCCCCUUUUUAUGAAGAUUACCCGCUCUGGGAUCCCACAGCUAAUUCUCCCCUGGUCUCCUCGCUGGCCCAAAUAGGACUAAUUUAGCCAGCUAGCCCUGGUGAUCAUCUAAUGUUUAUUGGAUGGAUUUUCCCCCAAAUUGAUUUUUGAAUUCUGAUUUUGUUAUUCACGUUUUAUACUGUAUUUUAUGCUGUUUUUUGUUGCAUCAAUUAAGUGUUUUAAAUUUGUUGUUAACAGCUCUGAGCCCGGUUUUCUGAACCAGGAAGGGCGGGUAUAAAUAAAAAAUUAUUAUUAUUAUUAUUAUUAUUAUUAUUAUUAUAUUAAAUGAUCCUCAUGGUCCCUUCCAACUCAUCAGUUCUGUGAUUCUGUGAACUUCCUUUGCCUGGUUACAUACACAGGUAGGUGUAUGUAGAAUCUCGUUGGUUGCUCCAUACACCCAAGGGAACUUAAUCAAUAGCAGCUUGUGAUGACACAUGGUAAGCUGCUUCUGAAACCAAUGACCUUUUUUUUAAAAAGUCUGUGAUAUGGCAAAAACAGAACAAUAAUAAUAGAACAAGCAUUCCAGAAUGCAAACCCAAGGUCUUAAGCAUGCCAAAAGUAUCUUUUUAAAAAAAACAAAAACACCACGCUGUUUCUGAGAAAGGGAGUCUCAUGUUCUUGUUUGCUCUAAAACCCUAGGUCAUGAGUCUAUAAUUUGUUCAGUGCACCACAUAAUUGUACAAGAAGACACACAAAUACAAAAUUGUACAUAAUUGUUUUUAGUUAUGGGAACUGCUCUGAAUUUCUGGCAGUAACACAGUAAUAUAAUAAUAUCAGUUGGAAUUUGCAAUAAUUUGUGAAGAUGAUCUAACUGAUACCAAAUGCUAAUAUGACUGAGCCACGCCUGGAUACUUACAGCAGAGUGUUCAUAAUUGCCCAAGCAGAGUUAAUAGGUUUCUCUGGGCAGAGCCAAUAGCAGCAAAAGUCUUGCUGUUGCUACUUGGCUGAGUUAAACCAUUUUAUAGCUAUGUAUUUUAGCAACAAGUGUCCUGAUCAUCACGAAAACCGUAUAUGAGUGGCUUAAGAGAUUGCGUAAAAUAAAUGCAGAUAUAUAUAUAUGCGCGCAACCUCGCCUUUACUCCUGGAGCUUGCUGCUAUCCGCAAGCCUUCUGAGCCCGGCGGAUAGCUGCCCGAAGCCCGGGGUGCGCAGUGCUGCGCUCCCUGGGCUUCGGGCUGCAGGCUGCUAUCCGCAAGCCUUUGGAGCCCGGCGGGCACUCCCGCCAUGCUCCGAAGGCUUGCAGAUAGCUUCCUAAAGCCUGGAGAGCGAGAGGGGUCGGUCCGCACUGACCCCUCUCGCUCUCCAGGCUUCAGCGAAAGCCUGCAUUCGCCCCAUAGGACGCACACACAUUUCCCCUUCAUUUUUGGAGGGGAGAAAGUGCAUCCUAUAGAGCGAAAAAUAUGGUAUAUUGGUUGUGGCUGAACUUUAUAGUCCAGCGUUCUGAAUAAUUUGGUUUACUUGAUUUCUGCUCCUGACUUAGAAACUACAAAUAUUCUAACUUAAGUCUCACUCUAUUUGAGUAUCAAUGGGAAUUUCAGGUAAGACCUGUAUGGAAUACCUCAUGUAGCUUGCUGUAUUUUCACUUGGCUUGAAAUUGAUCAGCUCACUACUUUCCAGCCAAUUUUUGUAAUCUGUUAUGGUAUUUCAACAUUUAGAAUUUGAGUUGGCCGCUUUGCAGAUGCAAAGAUACUUGCUGUAUAUUCUUAACAUGGUAUUUCAGAUUAAGUUAGUCUUUUUGUAUCAUUUGUGUGCUCUGUAAUGUUGCAUUUCUUUAGAAAUUCUUGUCCUGGUAUCUGAAUUGCUUCCUUGCUUAUUUUCCCCUGCUUAUUUGUUCUUCUACAGGGCUUGAAUGUCGAUGCUGAAAAUUGCGCUGUAUGCAUUGAAAACUACAAACCAAAGGAUAUCGUUCGAAUCCUGCCUUGCAAGUAAGCUUAUUUAAAUUUGCUUCAGUGGGGUAUCAUUACUUGGGAACUAUUUAACAAAAUGCAUUAAAAAAAAUCGAGUCCCCAGUGUUUUUAAGAUUGGAGAAAGAUAAGUGCACAGUAGCUUUUUGAUUUAUUUUUCAUUCAAGCCUAUGAACUCGCAGGUUUUGUACAAUGCUAGCGAUAAGGAGGCAUUCGUUCAUUUCUUCCAACUUCUGUGCCCUAAAAACAGGGAUGAGGAACUUGUGGCUGCUGGACAGCAUUUCCUGACAAGUUGUCCAGUGUGGGUUCCAUGAAGUGGGUGCCACCACAUUGAAAUGCCCCGUUACGGGUAGAUUGUCAAAACCAACCUCAGGGGCAUGUGCUGCCAGCAGAAGGGUCUUUCCCUGUUCGGGGACUGACUAGGGCAGUAUUGGAGAUGACAGCUUCUCAAAUUACCAUGUCCUAACUUUUUUAGGGAUAUAUAUAUAUAUCUAUCAAUAUCUGUCUUUGCUUGCUAGCAAAUUAACAUCCAGAGUAGAUCCUUCAAAGGGGGGCAUUAUAUUCUGAUGAUACGGGCCCUCAUUCAGCCGCCGAUCCACAGCAUUCUGUGCUAGCUGAAAUUUCCAGACCAUCCCCCAGGUGUAACCCCAUACAGUCAUUCAGUGGUCCGUGCGCCACUAUUAACUACAGAUUUAAUUUGUGCGGAAGAUUGAAUUGCAUAGUUACCCUGGAUCUUGUCAAGGUGGGGAUUGUUUUCGGCCUGCUCAGCAAACGCUGCAAUGCUGCCUUAUCGAAGUUUUGCUUUAGAUAAGCUUUUUGUUCCUUUAAUGUUGCCAAAUUACAUUGCAUAAAAGAACAGCCCUUAUAUUUGAUUUCAAAAACUAUGAUGUCUCUUCAGGCACGUCUUUCACAGGCAUUGCCUCGAUCCCUGGCUGCUGGAACACAGAACGUGUCCAAUGUGCAAACUAGAUGUCAUCAAAGCUCUCGGAUAUUGGGUAGGUUGGAAAUGUGUAACUAAAUCUGUGAUAAGGCUCUAGGCAUCCUGUUUGGGGCCAGGUAAUACCUGCGCCAGCCAAGCAUCCAGCCAGCCACGGCAUAUUACUUUUUGCAGGGAGGAGCCCAAGCUGGUUUUAUCUAGAGAAGGUGCCUGUUGUUAUGGUCAAUUCAAUUCUGCAUAAUCAGAAGCCGGAAAUCUGUCUCGUUGAACUUCACCAGUGAAAACUAGGUACUGUUGGUUUACAAGUCCCCCUCUCACUGCUCUCGGAGCUUGCUUACCGGUAACCACCUCUGGCUGAUAUCCCAGACAGACCAGGAAGAUUUUGAUAGGCGACAUUUUCCCAGCGUGGGUAAAUGCACACCCCCUCCUCCUGCUUCUUCCCUAGCAGGGAAAGGAGAUAAGUCAGAAACGUCUAUUUACAUUCUUUUAUUUCUGACUUUACAGCACCAUAGAAAAACACGCCCUUUCAGUUCAGUUCUUCUAGCAAGUCAGACAAACUUCCUGUACAUGCGCAAACGGAAGGUUUCAAAUUACACUCUUCACAGAGCCUUUUCCAGCCUGUGAACUUCCUGGGAAAUUCUUUCCCACAGUUAGCCGCAUCAUGUGAUGUCAACAAGCUGGCGGUUUGCAACUGCGAUGUUUCCAUAUACUGACAGGUACAUGUUGACGAAACAAUCUGGCAAGAGCAACCAAACCAAGAUCAAAACUCAAUACUGCUGACUGCAAAGUACCAGCUUGCCUCUCCCACCCCCAUCAUAUGUUCUCCUUGUGUAGGACCAAAUCUUUUUAGAAAGGCUCAGGCUCCUUCUUGUCCCAGUGGCUCAUUUCCUAAAUCACCGUAGUUGGGCAGACGUUCAGCUCCUCAGUGAGAAGACUCAUUGAGUUAGGUCCGCUGCGCUACAAUCUCUUCCAGCCAUCCAGGAUGUGAGCCUGAACCAGUACGUUUCCGAGCACAAUUCAAAGUGUUGGUGCUGACCUUUAAAGCCCUAAACGGCCUCAGUCCAGUAUAUCUGAAGGAACGUCUCCACCCCCAUCGUUCUACCUGGACACUGAGGUCCAGCGAAGAGGGCCUUCUGGCGGUUCCCUUGCUGCGAGAAGCCAAGUUACAGAGAACCAGGCAGAGGGCCUUAUCGGUAGUGGCGCCCUCCCUGUGGAACGCCCUCCCACCAGAUGUCAAAGAGAACAACUACCAGACUUUUAGAAGACAUCUGAAGGCAGCCCUGUUUAGGGAAGCUUUUAAUGUUUGAUGUAUUAUGGUAUUUUGAUAUUUUUUUUGAAGCUGCCCAGAGUGGCUGGGGAAGCCCAGCCAGAUGGGCAGGGUACAAAAAAUAAAUUGUUGUUGUAGUAGCAGAAUCCAUGUUUGGCCUGAAGAGCUCUUCAGGCUCAGUCCAUAGCAUCUCAUUUAGCAGGCCUGUGGAAGUUUUUUUCUCCCUGAUUGACAACCCUGGGAAGUUUCACCUAUCUGGGUAUCUGAGAUGGAAUGUGUGUGUUGUGAUUGCUGAGCUACCACAGGCAGUUGUCUAAAAGCAGCUUGGCUCAGCUCAGUUGCUAAUUUCAGAUGUGUCCCCUGAAAACGGAUGUGCUUCUAUAAAUGAGUGGCUGCCACUGUUGAGAUGUGUAUAAAGCUGCCCCUGGUGGUGCAUUUAUUUGGCAAAGCAGUUUUGCUGAUUUCAGAAUUAAGUGUGGGGGUGGUCAAAGCUUCGGUGUGCCAACAUGUGGGCUUGGGAAAGCAGUUUGACCUCACCCCCAAAGGCACACGCCCCAAUUUUGUCCCAAGACAGGCAAAUAUCAACCGAAAUACCUGUGUUGUGCCCCAUCCUGCCUCCUGGCUAUGUUACAGUGUGAAAAGAGUUAGGAAAUUGGCUUAUAAGUUUUGGUUUAAAAGAGAGAGUGUGUGUGUGUUCCUGGUACAUUAGCUUGACCUCUUUUCCCUUCUCCCCCACCCCUUUUCAAUAACAGUCUUGCUCAGGGGUCAGCAAACCUUUUCAGCAGGGGGACGGUCCACUGUCCCUCAGACCUUGUGGGGGGCCGGACUAUAUUAGGGGAGGGGGGAAUGAACGAAUUCCUAUGCCCCACAAAUAACCCAGAAAUGCAUUUAAAUAAAAGCACACAUUCUACUCAUGUAAAAACAUCCUGAUUCUCGGACCGUCCGCGGGCCGGAUUUAGAAGGCGAUUGGGCCGGAUCUGGCCCCCAGGCCUUAGUUUGCCUACCCGUGGUCUUGCUGGUUAACACUUCUCCCCCCCCCCUUUCAACUUCAAAGGGAGGGCCUGCAGAUGAACAAGAAGUUGCAAUGCCUGAAUCAACAAGUGGCAGCAUAUUGGCCGAGAGCUGGAGUAUUGCUGUGCCAGAAGAGAACAGAAAUGAAACAAGUGACUUAUCAGCAUCUUCUGCUAACGGAUCUGCAUCAAGUAGUAACGGUUUAAAAGAGGAUGCAAGUGAAAGAACAGCCUUACUUGGUAUGUAACCUUAUAUCGUGUUUCUUUUUUUGUAGGAACUGAUAUCCUAGAAACCAGAUGUCAGAUUCAGCAUCUCAGUUGAACUGUGGAUAGACUUAAAAACCUUGAUUAUCUCACUCAGCUGGGCAAAUCAAAGGAGGUUCCCAUGCUGUUUUUUGUAGAUCAGAGCACUAAUCCCAAACUCUUUUGCAUACUUUAUGAAGGUCUUUGCUGUGGUCAUUCUGCAGGAAGAGCAUAACACAAUUGUAUACAUGGAUCAACAGAAAUGAUACUGAAGGGGGGGAUAUAUGUUUCACUUUUUGAGGAUAGAAACUCAAGCGGAACUUAGAUGAGGAGAGGCUGACUUGAAAGAACAAUAUUUUCUUCUAGGAAACUGCCCAUAACCCUGAAUAGUGUUUGUUUAUUGUGAUGAUAAAUGUUUUGGGAAUUCAAAAUUCAUUUGCCUUCAAGGCUAAACCAUGAUGCUUUUGUUAAUGCAAAUUGUUUUUAACUUAGAUGACUUGGUUCCCAAUUAAAUGAUGCACUUUAGGCAUGUGUUAUAAUUUCUAUAAUAUAGACAGUGGAACUCAAAGUGUAUUAAACAUGUUAUGUAUUUUCUAGAAACGGAUGGCAGAGAUAAUCGACUUGAAGAACACCUGUCUAAUGGAAACACUGUAUGAAAGCUUGACAGCUUGAACUGGGAGCGAAAUGUCUAUUUUGUUUUGUUUAAAUGCUGUGGACUUGUGUCUAGCUUAAAUGUGUUACUUUUCUAAUUCACGUUUCAAAAGGGCUAAUAACUAGAGGCUUUGCUUUGUAAGAAGAGUAAUACCCGAUACAAAAUGCAAUAACUCUAGUAUGAGUUCCUUCUUUUGACCAAAAAUGAGAGUUGAGAAAUGAGACAAAUUUAUGAGGGUUGGUGAGAACCAGAAGGAAAAAUAUCUGUUGCUACUUAGAAAACUGGCCUAUUUUUUAAAAGCUCAUUUGGCACUUGUUGAGAUUGCUGCUGUUUUUCCAUGGAGAUUUCCCUUUGCAACUCUUUUGUAAGAAACAGGUUCUCUUUCUUUGCUUGGUUUCCUUGUCCCUUGGUUUGUAGGGACACAAAUCGAGUUAAGGAAGGGAGCUCCCAAGUGAAAACUCCCCCUGGAAAAAGAGUAACAAGUUCAGAAGUAACCUCUGUGCCAGAACAGCUAUUACAAGAUCAAUACUAGGAGUACAAAUUGCACAGGUUAACAGAUAAAUGUGGGUGAUUUAUGAUAAAUGUACAUAUAGCACAUAUGCAACACUGAGGUUUACUUUUUAAAAAUUGUGUUUUGAGUACAUAGUAUGGACCUGCAAAGUAUUCCAGUAGUUGCGAGAAUUUCUGCCACGUGCUUGCCGAAAAACCUGAUGACUUUUUCAUUUGCCUGUUAGGUCAAUAACUUUAAGGUGUGCCACACAGUUAUUGUAGCUGGCAGGCAAUCUAUUAGUGCCUCGGGCAACGCAAACGAGCUACCUUGGACUGUGAAACACAGUGGUGCAGCAGUUGUUCAUGUUGCACAUGGAGAGUAAUUUAACUUUAACUCUUCUCCACUCUUUCCCUUCACUGUUGUUUUUUUGUAUGCUGUUUUUGGAUUUUUCUCUACCUUAAUUCAUUCCUGAGAUGUUCGUAAAGUUAUUGUUUCUGUUAUGCAAAGGAUUGUUAGAUGCUUCCAAGUAGAGGUUUGCACAAUAUAGUUACUGGUUUUUUUACUGUUCUAGAUUAGCAGUAUUGUGCCUUAGAGUAGUUGAAAAGCACUAAGCCUGAAGUGUAUAAAAUAGAUACCAUUGCACUGUUUAAUUUUUACCUCUGCUUCAGGUAAAUCUAUAUACAAUAAGCUCUAGAGGAAAAUGGUGAAUUGUGUAUUUAUAGUUCUCUUAAGCGUUGGAUGAACAUUUUAGAAUUCUAAUAGUUAUAAAUGAAUGUACGGAAUCAUACCGCCAAGUCUGUAAGAAACGUUUUGCACCGUGUUUAAACUUAGAUAUUUGGUAAGGUGCUUUUUUUAAUGUCAGAGAAAAUAUGCAACCUAGUACUUAAAUUGGAUCAGUAUUUAAUUUCAGUAUUUUCAAGUUUGAGGAAGAGAAAUUCAAACAUGGGUGGGGGCAGAUGCAGGAAGAAACAGGGCGAAGAUUCUGAUAGAAAUCCUACCAAAAUAUUCUGGGGACCUCGCCACCUUCUCUGAUGAGAGUAACCCAGCCAACAUGUCAUGCAUUAAAAUUGGCCUCUGCAAGACCUGCCUGCAUCUUACAGCCAGCACUUAAUGGAAUGGACCAUGCCAUGACUACUCCCUGUGUCUUCAAACAAUAUGGAUGCUGCUUUCAAAAAGGAACUGCCUUUGAACUGUUUAGUCACUCAUCUUUCCCUACAUCCUUAGCACAAAGCGGAAGUGUUACUUGGUUAGUUGUUUUCAGCACAUCACAACUCCAGCUUAACAUCGCGGAAAAAGGAGGACGUUGUUUUUUGUGUGCCUUGAAAGUCUCCAGAUCCUUCCUAACAUUUGCAAUGUAGCACCUGCCUUGGAGAAAGCAGUAUGGUGAGUACCAACUACAUUUUCCCCCUGUAAAAAGAGUUGGGUUUAUGAUUGCUUUUCUUCCUGGGUUUAUUUCUUAAAGGUCUGGGAAAGCAGCCAAUAAUAGGCAUAUUAAAACUUAACGGAGCAUGUGAACCAGAAUUUUGGAAUAUGGAAUCCACAUCUAGCUGCUAGGCACUAAAUGUGCUUUACCUGUCCCUCUCUGAAUAUAGCAUCUUGGAAACUUGGCUGUAGGUAGAUGUGUAGAAACAUGCAGGUGGUGUCUGGUGGGAAGAGAAGAGUUUCCCAUGGCAACAGGGUAUGAUUGCUGCGUUAUGUGCAAUUUAGUUCCUAUCCUAGAGCUGUUCUGUAAGCCUUUUUGCUCUCCCAUGUCUUUAUCCAUCCCCACCCCAAAGCCCAAUAUUGGAGGGAAUGAAAUAGGCAUCUUGGAAGCAGACUCAGUUAUGCAAAUUAUAUAGGUAAAUUAUCUAAAGUAAAUUAUAAGUAAGAAGAUUAUAUAAUCUGAACACAGCAUCUGACCUUGGACAAUUAGAAUUGUUUGUUUUUCGGAGAUGGGCUGCUAAUAGUUCGAUUUCUGUAUGGCUUUGUGUGCUGCUGAGGAGUGAUGACAAAAAAGGCCGAAUUGCAGUGCUUGCUAACAGUUUUCUCUCUAAAAGGCAUGAUGACAAAACCUCCUGAAGCGACCUUUUCGUCUGACCUCAGUAACGUCACACAAAGUAAAAUGACAGAGCUAUGUGAACCUUAAAAUUACACUAUCUCUUGCCUGCAAAUGGUCAGUAUCGCCUAAGUACGGAUAGAUGCUGCAUUCAGAUAUAUCUGCAUCUGACCUUGUGCUUCUGCAUUCCCUCCUUCCCUUUCGCUAAAUGGGAGAAGUCUGAAGUCAGCAAGCCAACAAUGAAACUUGGUUUGGGGGUUUUAGUUUGGGGAAACCCAAUACAGUGGUGCCUCGCAAGACGAAAAGAAUCCGUUCCGCGAGUCUCUUCGUCUUGCGGGUUUUUUCGUCUUGCGAAGCAAGCCCAUUAGCGGUUUAGCGGAUUAGCGCUACAGUAUUAGCGGCUUAGCGGGCUUAGCGGAUCAGCUGAUAAGCGGCUUAACGAUCAGCUGAUAAGCGGCUUAACGAUCAGCUGAUAAGCGGCUUAGCGAUCAGCUGUUAAGCGGCUGAGCCGCUCAGCGGAUAAGCAGUUUCGCGGCUUGGGAAACGGGGGAGGAAAAACCCUGCAGGAACUCGCAAGACAUUUUCGUCUUGUGAAGCAAGCACAUAGGAAAUUCGUUUUGCGAAGCACCUCCAAAACGGAAAACCCUUUCGUCUAGCGGGUUUUCCGUCUUGCGAGGCAUUCGUCUUGCGGGGCACCACUGUAAUGGAAACUUACAAAUCUUCCCUCCUUGCAUGUGGGAUGGUGCCAUUAUGUUUGAGCAGCAUCUUUAGGCCCACAACUGAUUCAAGCCAAGGAUUAGACUGCCUUGACUAACUUUCUAAAAUACCCGUGCCUAGGCACUCUUUGUAGACAUGUCUGCCUAGAGCAAUUCCUUAGUUGUCGCUGGCAAUAUACUACUUUAAGACAAGGGUGGGGGGAACCUGCGGCUUUCCAAAAGUUGCUGGAUUCCAACUCCCAUCAGUCCCUGCUUGCAUGGCAGAUGGCCAGAGGUUAGAACAGUGGACUUAGCUGUGUUAAAUUCCUUUCUUGCAGUGUAUUGGUGGUUGGGGGCAGGGGCGGGGGGACAUCCUCGAAUAGGAUGGGCUUCCAACUUGCUCCUAUAGGCCAGGCUAUGCAAACCAGGCUUGCAGGCUUGCAAGUUGCAGCUGCCAUCUUGUGUGAGAGAGUCUCCCACAGGUGCCUGUCAAAGCAAGCAGGGCCUGAAUGCCAUCAAUUCCCAGCAAAAAGGGUGUUCAGAGGCAUCCUAUCUCCACUGGUGGAAGCAUAGCAUAGCCCUUGUGGCCUGUAGCCAUUGAUAGCAUUGUUGAGAGUUGUAGUCCUGGAACAUUUUGAUGGGCAACAGGUUUCCCUGUCCCCUUCUUCAGGCACCGAGUUGAAAAACCUUGUAGCUUGUUCUGUGAAUGGAAGAGGUCUGCGAUCUAGCAGAGGUUCCUACCUGCAGAAGUUGAGGAAGUGAUUUCCCCCUCUUUCUUACAAAAUUUUCAGGGAGCUGUGUGGGGGACAGUGAAAAUCACUUAUUCUCCUUUCUGUGUGUUGAGCACAGCUCCCUGGAUCAUCGUUCAGCCCUGACUUUGGACAAUCUAUGUGCUUGAACAAUUGUUCCUGCUAACUUGUGGUACGGAAAUUGUUUCGACAACUCAUUUCUUUUCUCAUCUAGGUGUUUCCCGCCCUCCCCCCCCCCGGACAAACUCUUCUGGAACUUGCCCACACGGACUCGGCACUGACUUACUGCUGCUACAUUCUUAAUUUUUAUCUGUGAGACAUCCCUUCUUUCAACUAUUUUAAGGCAGAAAGAUUCCAUGUGUGGUCUGAAAAAGAUUGACUUGCCUGCAGGUGUUGUCUCAUAUGACAGACAUGGACAUUUUGUAUAUAGGGCACUGGGUUUAAUUUAAAAUGUGUGUGUGAAAAUGCACCUUAAAAAAGGCUUGAAGUACAGUAGUAGGUAAAUUGCCUUAAACCAAAAUAAGCCAAUUGGAAAUAACGAAAGCUGACUUUUCUCCUUUUGAGUGUCCAGUUUUUUAAGACAGUUGGCAGCAAAACAAACUAAAAGUGUUUCUGACUGGCCCUGUUUCAAGUGGGCCCUUCUGCUAUAGUGGUGUCCCGUCAGCUGAAAAGGCCUGUGUGUCCAUUUAUUGGAAGUAGUUUAAUAUUAUUCCUGAACAGAAAACUACUGAUAACAGUUUGACUUGUUGCUGUACAAAACUGAGGUUAUUGAGGGUUUUGUGCUUGAGCCUGGUUUUAAUUUUACAAGGCAGUUUCUGUGGCUCAAGUUUAAUGUAUAAAACAAUCUCUACACACUCUUAAAAGCAAAAUUCAAGUUUUCUUUUUUAAAAAGCAAGUUGCCUACAUAGUCUCUGCACAAACGGUGUAACUGUUUAGAAUACUUCUAUUGUGGAGGGUUGCUGUUACAGACUAAAAUUGAACAUGGCACCCUUCGUUACCAAAAAUCUUGCCAGGGUACAAUGUGCUUAAUCCUUUUUCGAGCUGAACAUUCUAGUGGUGGGGUGAGGGGCACAUUGAAGCUUUUGCUUGAGCUGAAAUAAAAAUGGUAGUUCCUUCAGCUGACGACAAAGGGAGGACAGGAGCAGGACAACUCAGUGAAGGAGCCAGCCUCUUUUAUCUUGUCAGCUGCUACCUGGUAAGCAUUCAGUCAAUCAGUUCUCCUUGAAAUUUCCAAUGAAUAACUGGUUACCAUUGUUUAUUACCUCUACCACCCUAGUCAACUUUUUUGUUUUUUGUUUGGUCAUGUCUUUUAAGAUUGUAUGCCUGAGGGCAGGGACUGUCUUCAUCGAUCUUUAAGCUUUGUGGGGAGCCAUUUUUGGCUAAAGAGCAGGAUAAAACAGUCUAUAAAUAAAUAAAAAUGUGGAAAGUACUUA